AUGGCUGCUGAAAAAUUUCUCUUUACUUCUGAAUCUGUUGGUGAAGGUCACCCAGAUAAAAUUUGUGAUCAAGUUUCUGAUGCUAUUCUUGAUGCUUGUCUUGCAGUUGAUCCAUUAUCCAAGGUUGCUUGUGAAACUGCUGCUAAAACCGGUAUGAUUAUGGUUUUUGGUGAAAUUACUACCAAAGCUCAAUUAGAUUACCAAAAAAUCAUUAGAGAUACCAUUAAACACAUUGGAUAUGAUUCAUCUGAAAAAGGAUUUGAUUAUCAAACUUGUAAUGUUUUAGUUGCUAUUGAACAACAAUCCACUGAUAUUGCUCAAGGUUUACAUUAUGAAAAAGCUUUAGAAGAAUUAGGUGCUGGUGAUCAAGGUAUUAUGUUUGGUUAUGCUACUGAUGAAACUGAUGAAAAAUUACCAUUAACUAUUUUAUUAUCUCAUAAAUUAAACGCAGCUUUAGCUGAUGCCAGAAGAAAUGGAUCUUUACCAUGGUUAAGACCAGAUACCAAGACUCAAGUUACUGUUGAAUAUGAAAAAGAUGGUGGUGCAGUUAAACCAUUGAGAGUUGAUACCAUUGUUAUUUCAACUCAACACGCCGAUGAAAUUUCAACUGAAGAUUUAAAAUCAGAAAUUCAUGAACAUAUCAUUAAAAAAGUUAUUCCUGCUCAUUUAUUAGAUGAUAAAACCGUUUACCAUAUCCAACCAUCCGGUAGAUUCGUUAUCGGUGGUCCUCAAGGUGAUGCUGGUUUAACUGGUAGAAAAAUCAUUGUUGAUACUUAUGGUGGUUGGGGUGCUCACGGUGGUGGUGCUUUCUCCGGUAAAGAUUUCUCUAAAGUCGAUAGAUCUGCUGCUUAUGCCGCUAGAUGGGUUGCUAAAUCUUUAGUUAACGCUGGUUUAGCUAGAAGAGCUUUGGUUCAAUUCUCUUAUGCCAUUGGUGUUGCUGAACCAUUAAGUAUUCAUGUUGAUACUUAUGGUACUUCUUCCAAAUCUUCUGAAGAAUUGGUUGCCAUUAUCAGAAAGAAUUUCGAUUUAAGACCGGGUGUCAUUGUUAAAGAAUUAGAUUUAGCCAGACCAAUCUAUUUCAAAACCGCUUCUUAUGGUCAUUUCACUAACCAAGAAAACCCAUGGGAACAACCAAAAAAAUUGAAAUACUAA